AUGAUCAUUAGAUUUGUCUUCGUUGGUUUUCAUGUCUUGUUCCUCAGCACUCAUUUAUUCCAUGUGUGUUAUCCAGCGAAGCGAAAAAGAACAUCCAGAAACCAAUUUCUCAUUCACCUAAUUCAGAGACUCUCGUUAGUACUUAUUCAGUUUCUGCUCGUGAGUUCACCAAUGCAAUUGUUCCUGUUUUGCAUGCUGCUUAUCGAUUUUGUUGUCACCUCCUCGUAUAUUCUUGACGGAAACGAUGGAAUGAGAAUAACACCCAGAAUUGUAGAUCCCGAGCCGCGGCCAAUGUUGAUACUGGAAUUUCUUCUAAUGAUUAUUUUAGACAUCAAUAGACCUCUCAACAUGCUGACAGAUCGACAGCUCGCCCCACGUACAAUGAUUAAUCGAAAACCUCGAGAGGAACUGCAACAUUUUCCUAGAGAUAAUACCACUACAACAAAUAGUGGAGAAGAUCACAUGGAUUCGCAGCAAAAACCAGUAGCCAGCAGAGUUAGAUUAUCUCAAACUUCGUACCCUCAACGACAAAUGAUGCCCACUCUACCAGUACAUUUGUUGCCUGGCAUGUUACCAAUCACGCAGUUCAACCCAUUUUAUACUUUCUCUAGGCUGGCUCCAAUGAUUAUGCCUCCUCACUUACCUUUUUAUCCGGCUACCAACAUGCGAAUGAACCCAAUAAAUUUUAUGGCAAUGCAAGCCAUGACACCUCAAUCUCAGUUGAACGCUCCUUUCUCUGGUGCUGUCCCCACAAAUAUCCCAAUGGUUCCAUUUCCCAAAGCAAUGCAAUCAAAGUCAUCAAAUCAGAUGAAUACAAUUCCUUGGACCGUUCAAAAAAGUCCUAUUAUGUUGUUUCUCAAAGAGAACAGAAAAACUGUAUUAGAAGAAAAUGGAAAUGAUCAAAUGACAGCAUCCGCGUUAAAUAAAGAGCUCGGAAAACGUUGGCAUAAUUUGUCAGACGAAGAGAGACGGAAAUAUUCAAACCUGGCGAAAAUUGAGAAACAACUGCACAAAGAAAAUCAUCCUGAGUGGUCUGAAAGAAAUAACUACACCAAGAAACCAAAGAAGAGAAUCAACGAACCUACUCAAUAUCUUGUAGAAAUGUGUCGUGCUCGAUUCGGAAUUGAUAACAAGUCAAAGUGGUGCAUACAUUGCUUGCGCAAAAAGAAAUGUAUCUUAUCAAGAGUUCUGUCGGAAAUCCCUCCGACUAAUAAUGAGAAAACAACAAGCGAAAUUCCACUCAUUGGUACAAGAAGUUGCUCUCAAACUCCAGUCACACGCAGAAAGUCUAACAAACUCGGAGGCGAGAGAAGAAGGAUCAUAAAGUUAAUUGGACACGAAACUACCACAAAAUCUCACGAUGCACAAAUCCUUGGGCUUUCUUUUGAAAUGAAAUCAUGUAUCUAUAUUCAGUUGAAUAAUGGGCAUAAUCUGAUAUCUUUCACAGGAAUCGAGAUGAUUGAGCUUGAAGUUGACGGCUUCAGUAUGUUUUUAAUAGAGGAAACAGACAUUUUCUCGGAAAAAUAUUAUUUUUUUUUUUUCAAAAAUUUCCAAUUUAUUCGAAUAUUGAACAAAAAACUUUCAUACUUGCAACAUUUUUUCCAUAGAUUAAUUUUCAAAUUCUCAAAUACAUUUUCAUCCAAGCGAGAGGAACCACCAGUAGUAUUCAUAUCGCUUAUGGUCCGCAAAACUGGAUCUAGGGAUCCAACCCCAUUUUCAUCGCGUACUUACAGUAUUCGAGUUGCUCCUCGUGUUGCCGUCAGCUGGUACCAUCGACGCGACGACGUGUGGAGUGUAGAUACAGAACCACAACAACGGCAUGGGCUCGACAGGAGCAUCGGCAACCUAUCAUGCAUACGAAGCUGUUCGAUCAAACAAAACAAUUUGUGCAACAAACGAAGUCGACCAAUUUCUGACAAGGAUUUCGACGAUGAAAAAAGUGUUCAAAUCACAAUAGUCAAAAUGUCCCCUUCAUAUUUUCACUAUCCAUAA